GCACAUGACAAAGCACAAUUGCUUUCCUUCUCAGAUUUAGUAGCAACAAGUGAAGAAAGGAAGAAAAGGCAGAGUCUUGAAGUUAGUUUUUGUUGACCACGUUCGCUUUUAUUCUCUGUUUGAUGGUUCGAGGUAAGUUUUUCAAUUUUAGAAGUGGGCGAUUCAGAUCUAUUUUGUGGAAUUUCAGAUCCGAGCUUGAUUGUCAUAUUGUGGCAUUUAUGAUUUUUGGGAAUUUUACCAACUGGAUUUUGGAAGCCAGAGGCCUUUGCAUCUGUAAAAGAGUGUUGAUAAUUGUUUAACUCUAUUUUGAUUGGUGUGAUUUAUAAGAUUGAUUUUUCUAUGAUGAAUUUUUUGUUCCUUCUUAGCUCUCCACUUUGGGCAAUUGGGUUCUAAUGAUUAAUAUUCAUGGCUUUCCUGCACAUUAUAUUGAAUACCCUCUCAAUUCUAAUUGUUUGUCUUAAAAAAAAUUUGAACUAACUCGUCCCCUCUCUCAUCUAUAUCAUUGUCUCGUACCCUUUUUCAUAUGUUUCUUUAAUGUUGAGAUUUUAUAAACAUCAUCGGCUUUAUUUUUUAAGUUAAUUAGCAUCCUAUAAGUGGUUGAGAUUGUUGUUCAGUAUUUAUGGUCGACUUGAUUUGUUUAUGAUUUUAUUACCAUCUUUACUUGGAAGCUUAUAUUUGUAGAAUUUAGUAAUGUUUGUCAUAAUUCAAUUUGUGUAGCUUCUAUCUUGUCAUGAAAAUGAGUUUAUUCACUAGAUAACUUAACACUUGCUAGCUAAUGCAAAGCAACUUAUUUAUGUUCCAUCUUGAUCAGGGUAAUGGGAAGGUGAUAGCCACUGAAAUCUGUGUAACUGGUCACCAUGUUCAAGUCAUCACCUCGUAGGAAUCAAAGAACAAAAGGUUUCAAAGUAAAGCAUGCUUUGCAGUUAUGUGUUCUGCUUGGUGUUUGCAUCUGGUUGAUUUAUCAAGUCAAGCAUUCUCAUGAGAAAAAGGGAGAGUACAAGAACCAUGUGAAAACUGGGAGUGAUGUACUUAAACUUGGCAGAAAGGAUCUUCGUCCAAUAGUUGAGGAAACUAUCACGAGAGAUGAAACACUUAAAGAAGAUGAGGAAGAAGAUAGCAAGCCAAAUGAAAAUGUGAGAACAAUUAGUGGGGAAGAAGAAUCCCACAACCACUUUAGUGACAAGACAGAACAGGGAACUGACCAUGGUAGUGGAGAGAAGGAAGAUGGGAAGGAGCAGAGUAAUGAAGAAACAGAAAAUGAAAAUAGCCAAGAAGAGAUGAAGGAGGACUCCAACGAUGAUACAAAUACCAAAGAGAAUGAUGAUGGUGAUUCACUGAAUGAAGAUGCACAACAAGAUGUAAAGGAAGGCAACAAAGAGAAUGAAAAUGAACAUAAUUAUCAGAGCAGUAGAAGUGUUGGUGAAAAGACCAAGAAAACUCAAGAGUCAAAAGAUCACAUGAGUGACGAAAAUGGAAAUAUUGAGAAGAGUCUAAAGAAAAAAAUUGAGGGGGAUGGUGAAGGCAGUAGUGACAUGGAAAAUAAAGGGCAUGGAAUAGAACAUCACAGUAAUGAUGAUAAUAAUGGAGAAAAUAAGGAGGAAAGAGAGAAGAAUUACAAUGGAGAUGAUGCUUCUAGUGCAUUGGUCCAUCAACAUCAUAUUGUUGUACAUGGAGAAAAAGAGCAUGGGAAACCAGAGGAGAACGACGAGUCAGAGACCAAAAAGAAAAGUGAGAGCGAGGUGACUGUACAAUUAAAUGGGAGUCAAGGAGCUGAAGAGAAUCAAAAUGACCAGCCGAAGACCAAAGAGAAAAACAAUAGUGAGGUGAAUGAACAAAUAAAUGGGAGUCAAGGUGUUGACGAAAUUGAUAAUGAUGCUCAGAAUGACAAAAAAGCUUUUGAAGAGGUAGCAAAUAAUGGUUCUUCUAGCUCAUCAAAAGUAGAAGUGGGAGGUAAUGAGACGACCAAACAUGAGUCGUCCACAACUGAAGAAACCCAACGAGACCAGGUAGAUUCAAACUCAAAUUUUGGUCACACAUCCUUACAUAAUGCAGAAGAAAACACUCAGAAUCAAGCUGAAACAUUCACACAACAUGCAGACGUAAAUUCUCAGGAUCGAGUUGAAAUAUCAUAUGGUUCAUCAUCUGAAGAGGAGAAGGUAUCCAUGAAUAAGGCUCCACCAAAGCAAAUAGAAAAAUUGGAUACAUAUAACAGCCAACAACCAGAUUCAACUAUACCAGAGAAUGGAGAAUCCACUAAUCAACAAUCAAGUGUAAAUGACAACUCAUGGGAACAGUAUGAAAUCCCCAAUAACCAUGUGCCAAGAAUUCGGAACAGUGAUGCAAUUGGAAGUGAGAAAGAUGGUCUAUCAUCUUCACAUAUGGAUGAAAAUGAAGAUGUUGGUCAAAAGGAACAAGAUGAUUCUUUGCAAUCCCAAGAGCAAUCGACAACCUCAAACACAAAUAAUGAUGCCAAAGCUCACCAAGGUUCUUCGAAAUUAUUAAACACGAAAGCAAACAGUGCAUAUAGUAAUGGUGCAGACUAUAAUACUAGUGUGAGGCAAAAAGAGCAGGUCUUAUUUGGUAGUGGAGACAGAAACAAGAAUAAGGAGAAUAAUUUUGUGUAUAGCCAUGUAAAAGAAGACAACAAGUCAAAGAAAGAUGGUGUCAGCCACAAUGGUGAUAAGAAUGUUAUAGAUAGAAACAUAGGUGAAAAUGACAGCAAUGAGAAUAAAAAUAAAGGUGAAACUCAAACAGAGAAGGUCACUUCUGUGGGCAGUGAUGCUAGACAGAACGAUGAUGACAACGGAAAUGGAAACAAUGGUGCAAGCGAAGGACAAGAAGUUAACUCGUCUGGGUCUUCGACAGUGAACCAACAUGAGCAUAAUGAAUCAUCAUCAGAAUCAAAUAGUGGCAUAGAAGAGAUACAGAGUGUCUCAGUUGAUUCUUCGAGUUCGUCAGUUUCUCAAGAAGAGAAAGAGGCUCGUACAGAUUUGUCGACACUACCGCAAACAAGAAAUGAAGAUGUAGAUAUUGCUCAUUCAGCAGCUGCGGAAUGAAGAUCUCAAACUUAGAACCCAAACAUCAAUAGCAAUUUUGCCAAGAUUUUGUUUUACCAAAUCCCGUCAAAUUACCAGUUGAGUUUCUUCGUAAUGUUGUACUUUACUUGCCAAGUGUAUUCUCUACUUAGUAUCAUUUUCACCUUUUACAUCUAGAACUAGGGCGACAGCUGCACUAGUAAUUGAAUACUUCUAAUUUUAUAUUUUAGCAUCUCGUUGUGUCUUUAGAGAUAGCCGUUCAGGUUACAAAUUGUCAAAUAAAGAAAUUUCAGGUAAUUCU